AUGCAAAUUUUCUCCUUCUUUAUGUUGGAGCGGCAGUGGUACCAAGCAAUUCGUGUCGAAGUAGAGCCUCCGAUUUCCAUGAGCUCUUGGAGCAAGCUUAAGUCUUUCACUUCACCAGGAGCUGGUCACAAUCCAGGUGGAAUGUCCGGCCGCUUUCCGUAG